UUGCAGCAGCCAAUGCAUCCUGAGCUGCAGCCGCCAAUGCAUCCCGCAUGUCGGGUGGGUUGCAUCAAGCGCAGCGCGUUGUGCUGCAGCCGCCGCAUGCUGGCCCUGGCCCCUCCCCCCCGCUGCAGGCGCUGCAGAAGCUGCUGCGGUGGAAGCGUCCGUCGCUGGAGGUGGCGCUGCGCUGCGGUCGAGCGCUGCGGCAGCGGACGCAGAGCCCCGAGGAGGCCCUCGGCCUCCAAAUGCAGCUGCAGCGGCUGCAGCAGAGAUGGGACACCAUGGAGGGAGGAGCAGCCGAGAGGCUGCGUCGGUUGGAGGAGCGUCUGCUGCUUUCGGGCCGCGUUGCGGAGGCGCUGCAGGCGCUGCACGAGUGGUUGGACGGCGCAGAGCCGCAGCUCAGCGACGACGCAGCCCUCGGCGGAGACUGCGACCGCGUCGCAGAGCUCAUCCACAAACACAAGGUGUUGCAGAAGGAGCUGGGCGAGCGCGCCGGCUGCAUGCGGAUGCUGAAGCGGUCGCUGCGGGAGCUGACGGGCGGCAGCUGCAGCGCCGACGCGCAGUGGCUGCAGCGGCAAAUGGAGGAGCUGAGCGCCCGCUGGGACCGCGUCUGCAGCCUCUCCGUCUGCAGGCAGGCGCGGCUGCAGGAGGCGCUGCGGCAGGCGGAGGAGUUCCGGUCGCUGUCGCAGUCGUUCCUGCAGCGCCUCGACGACGCUGAGCGCGCCCUGCAGCUCAACGCAUGCAAUGACGACGACGAUGAGGAUGAGGCGGCGCUGCAGGAGAGGCAGAAUGCGCUGCAGGAGCUGCAGCAGUCGCUGCAGUGCCAGCAGUUGGAGCUGGAAUGCAUCGCGUCGUUGGGCGACGCCAUCCUGAGCGCCUCUCACCCCGACGCCGCCGUCGCCGUCCGCUCCUGCAUCGACGCCGCCGACGGCCGCUUCCGCGAGGUGCAGAGGUGGUCGCAGCAGGAGGCGGAGCGGCUGCGGGCGAGGGCUGCGGCGCAUGCGGCGGAGCGGGAGGAGCUGUCGCAGCUGCUGGAUUGGAUCGCCGCCGCCGAGGAGGCGUUGGAGCUGCGGCAGCGCGAGGCACUGCCCCAGGAGCUGCAGGAGCUGCAGGAGCUCAGCGCGCAGCACGCGGUCUUCGUGGAGGAGCUGAACCGCAAAGAGCCCGAGGUGCAGCGCUUCACCAAGAGCUGCAAACGCAGGACGGCUGCGGAGCUGCCGACGACGCCCACCCGACGCCCCGGCACGCGGCGCCGCAGCAGCACGGGGAAGGCGCAGGGCGCAGCGUCGCAGCCGCCGGAAGGGUCGGAGCCUCCUGCGUCGACGACGCAGGCGGCGCAACUGCUGCACCGCUGGCAGCAGCUCUGGCUGACGGCGCUCGACCGGCAGUACCGCCUGGAGACGGCGCUGCAGCGCCUGCGCGAGGUGGAGGAGUUCUCGCGCUUUGAGGUGGCGCAGUGGCGGCGUCGUUUCCUGCAGUGGAUGGCGCAGAGCAAAGCGCGCGCCCUCGACGUCUUCCGCACCAUCGACCGCAACCACCACGGCCGCGUCGCUCUGCGACACUUCAGCGACGCCCUCCUCGCAUCCACGUUCCCCACCACUGCGCUGGAGGCGGCGGCGGUUGCGCGCAGCUUCGACCUCAACGGCGACGGCUUCAUCGAUUACUGCGAGUUCGUCAGCGCGCUGCACCCCAACCGCGACGCCCUGCGGCGCUGCGCUGACGCCGACAGCAUCCGGGACGAGGUGAGGCGCCAGGUGUCGCAGUGCAGCUGCGCCAAACGCUUCCACGUGGAGCAAAUCAGCGCCAACCGCUACCGGUUCGGAGAGUCGCAGCAGCUGCGGAUGGUGCGGCUGCUGCGCAGCACGCUGAUGGUGCGCGUGGGCGGCGGAUGGAUUGCGCUCGAUGAGUUCCUGGUUAAGAACGACCCCUGCCGAGUGAAGGGAAGGACCAACCUGAAGAUCAACGAGAAGUACUGGGGAGGCGACGGCUGCGCCGCCGCAGCCAAAUGCAGCGCCAAUGCAUCGCCGCAGCGCAGCCGCUCCAACUCCAGCCUCAGCCUCUGCAGCAGCAGCGCCUCUGCGCCGUGCAGCCCCGCAGCCAGGAAGUCGGUGCUGCGGCGGACGCGCUCCGGCGAUCGCUGCUGCCACUCCCGCAGCUCUCUGCUGCACCGCGGCGCCGACCUGCAGCUCCCGGCUGCGCCCGCAGAGCCUCCCGACGCUUCCCCCCCGCUGCAGCGCCGCAGCUCCUCCCCCUCGGCCGCCUCUUCAGCAUCGCUGCAGCCGCAUUCCCUGCAGAGCUCCGGGCAGCCCUCCCCUCCCCCCAGCAGCCCCCAUGCAGCCCCCACCGCUGCAGCGUCGACCGCGAGCGCCCCGCAGCCGCCAGCUGAGCCCGAUGCAUCCUGCAGCCGCAGCUGAGGCGCAGCCCUGCAGCAGCCUGGACGUCCCGCAGCUGCAGCGAUGCCUCAGGGGCGGCUGCAGCGGUUGCAUGCACUCAGCGACGCUGCCCCGUCGCCCCCUGCAGCGGCUGCAGCGCUGCUCCUGGUGCUCUCCCCACAGU